CCCGUAGAGUUGUAUCAUAACGCUUAGUCUGCUGGGUGUGAAAAAUUGUUUUUAUCGAAAUGGUGUGGCCAUAAAUUAGCUCAAUUAUUUCACUACUGGCCAGACCCAAUCGCCAAUUCUAUGCGAUGUCGUUUUUAAACGGGAGACCCAGGAUAUAAAGCGAGGACAUCUUUGAUUUUUUUCAAGAUUUUGCGGAGGACUUGCUUGAAAAUAAUUUCCAUUCUGUCUAGGAAUUUACUUUUUAAAAAAAAUGGAAGCACCUGUUAAUGAUUCGAAGAUUAUAGUCCCUUUCGUGCCAUCACUUUUGCACUUCUCAUUGGUAAAAGUAAGUUUUCCAUUGCUCAAAAGCUUUAAUGAUGCAACUUGGUGUGUCAUCAUGGAAGAAAUAAAGCGCUCAAGUCCUGCAGAAUUUAAUGAAGCUAGGCCUGAAAAUCCUAAGGUAAACAAAGCAAAGGAAAAGUUACUUUGCAUUCCUUCACAUUUAAGACUCGAAGUAUUAGAAACAAUUAUGGGCUUGCAUUCUGCUGUCGCACACUGGCGUAUGAGCUAUCCACUUUUACAUACUUCAGAUGAUUUUCCUGAACUUCUUUUCUUUAAAACUGAUGGAACAGUUGAUAGAAUUAAGACAGUUCAGCAAUUGGUUCUGAAUGAAGAUAUAAAUAUCGAACAGAGGUUUGAUUUGGCGUGCUCCUAUUUCUUGGGCAAUACUAUAAACACUUUGUGGGCAGAAAUGAAGAAAUCUGGUAAGGCAGCCAAAUCUUUGACAGCUUAUAAUCCUGUUUCACGUUUUUGGGUUAGAAGGAUGCGUCAUAAAUAUCGGGUUCCGUGGAUAUAUGCCGUUCAAUUACACCUUGACCUUCCUGAUGAAUUUUUGAGUAGUCCGACACCAAGAUUCAGUGCUUUCUUUCCUUUCUUGCGGCCAAAAAACAGGGUGAAGUUUCUUAUCUCUUUAAUGAAGACCACACCAGAUGAUUUCCUGUUAUGUCUGUAUGGAGCAACUAAAGAAGAAGAAUUGCAAAUAUUGAAAAUGGAUACUCCAAAACUCCUUUGUAUCUAUUUGGAUUGGCCACUGCAAAGUUUCUUCCUUGAAAUAGUAGAAAAAUUGUGGAAUUUUAUUGAUUCUUCUCUUUUUAAAGCAGUACUAGAGAUUAUUUACUCGUACAGUAUGAGCAGGAAGGAUUUUGAUUAUGGCAAACUUUAUAUGGACUUUUGGGAAAGAAGCCCUAAUAACUUGAAGGAAGAAGCAAACGCGUGCCCAAUUUUCUGCAACAAACUUAAAUUGUAUUGCGAUUCAAUUAAGAAGAAGCGAAAAGGUGAUUUUGAUAAAGUGACAGGUUCAAAAAGGAAAAGAUAUGAAUUACCUCCUGAUCUCGAGCAUGCAAUAAAUGUGCCAGCAGACAGCUUUUUUGCCAACACGUUUGUUUAUCUCUUUGAUUCAGAUGAACCAGCGAUAUAAGAUUAUCACCUUCUCAAAAAAUGCUAUACAAAUUUUUGUAUUGCAUAUGAAAAAAUACUUUCAUCUUCCAAAACAUUAAAAUGUCAUCUACACGAUUACAACUUGAAGCUACAUUUUUUUUUGUUAAGUGUUCAAAGAUCUGAGUUUUUGGAUUGACUAUCUUUUCCUACAAUGUCAAAAAUGUUUUGCCUCAUAUUUAACAUUUCAUUUUUUAUUCUAUCUUACUAAAAAGUGUGAUAAUAGUUUAAAAGUACUAUUUGGUUAAAAAAUAUUAUCGUAAGUGAGUAGAAUUUCACUAUGUUUUCAAUUUCAUGAUAGUAGGUUGUAACAAUAUUAAUUUGUAGACAUGACCACAUAUGAUACUAACAUUACUGAUUUUUGUCAGCAUUGGAGUUUGUGUUAAGCAUCUCUCUGUCCAUUUCAUUGUAACAAUUCCUUCAUUUUGUGAAAAAUAAAAAUCAGAUUAAGAAAAAUAAAUAUCUAAAAGUUAUAUUUGAAAUAUCUUUUGGCUUGUCUUGUCUAAGGCAGU